AUGCCGAUGGAUGGGUGGAACGACGGACAGGGUGAAGACAGCGGUAAUGAGGGCGAAGAAGGUACCAUAACAUUUGAUGAUGGCCCAAGGGCUUCUUCAUCGACACAGGUCAGAAAGGCUCAAAACAGGAUCGCUCAAAGAGAAUUCAGAUUGCGGAAACAAAUUCGUGAUCUCGAAGCGAGAGUCGAAGUACUCUCUGGCGACAAGGAAGAGCGCGUGGAACUUAUGACUCUGUUGGUGAAAAACCUGUUGACGGAAAACAAGGGAUUGAGAGGAAUGGUGAAGAAUAUGGCUGCUUUUAUAGGUGACGGCCUUGGAUCAUGUCUUCCUCGACUUGGGCUUUCUGCGGAACAACUCGAUGCUAUCCUUAAUCGCGCAGAUUCAGAUACAGCUUAUGAAGCUUUUGUGAACUUGAAAGCAUCGAAAGAACGAGAGGACGCUAAUUCGGAUGCGAAACAAGGCGAAGUCAGAAGACGUGCGAAUACUGUCAAGCGUAAGCGUGAUACUGUGGAUGAAGCACCGAAUCAAGAUAAAGGGAAAGGUAGAGCGGAAGAUGAAGAUAAAGUGGUUCCAAUCGGGAGAACAGGUGCAUCGAUAGCAGGAAGUACAUCUGCGACACCUCAAAAUGCCGAAUCGACUUUGCCGAUGUCUGUCUAUAGCAUGGGACCUGCUGAAGGUGAAGAUUGUCAAUAUUUCUUUCCUGAUCUUGAUCACAUAUAUUCUGAAGGUGGCCCUGCUACUUAUCGUUCAUUAAAUGUGAAUAACUCAGUUCAACCAAACCCAACGAAUAUACCCUUACGAAUGCCUCUACCACCGCCACCACCGCCACCACCUCCACCACCACCGUUACCGAUGGGUCUGCCGUUCCAAGACGGACCAGUCUUUGGCCCUCCGCCUUUUCCGAGUGGUUCUGAAGGGUACAGAAACAAGCACGGCUAUGCACAUCAUCUCCUGCUUUCAGAGAUUGGCAAUAUUGGUUCGUCAUCCAACGCGAAUCCACAAAAUCUUGUUGCCGGGAACUAUUACAAUUCUCUGACCCCAAAUAUGGCUGGUUUCGGCCUCACUGUACCCGCAACUGCGUCACCAAUCAGCAUGAAUCCUACACUCGCAGUCGAUACCAGUCGAGAGAACACACUCAAUGCUUUCGCUGUAUCGGACACGAAUCUAAGAGGAUCACGGUCACAAAGUGACUAUGCUAGAGAUCAUCCACCAGUCUUACCCUCGGCACCUUCAUCAUCACCUAGGGAUGAUAGACGGUCUCAACUUAGGAGUGUUGUGGCGACCAUGACCAGUGCCGACAAGUCAGUUGACGGUCCGGGAUUCACCGCUGCUGAGCUUGCCGAGAGGCGAAGGCAGCAAGAGCAGUUGAUGAGGUCUAUACAGGAAGGAGAUCCCAACGACAGGAAAAUGGCAGCUUUGCAGCUGAUCACUUAUCAUCUGAGCAACUUCCGACUGAACCAUGAGUAUAAUCUUCCACCAUCCCUUCGACCGACUGCAGUGCAGAGGACUGUACCUCACGAACACGCUAUAGAUGGCAUAAUCUUCCCCUCCAUCAGAGACAGAAUGAUCAUGUUGAGAGGGCGAUAUGACCUCGUCGAGGUGUUUCAUGCGAUGCUGGCGCAAUUCACAUUACACGGUGAAGAUGUACUUGAUCACAAUAAUUACGAAGUAUCAGAGACAUUCAUUGAAAAUUAUAGCAUUUUAAUAGACCCGACAGUCAUCAAUACAAGUAAUAAAUGGAGAACACAAAGAGGUGCACCAUUAUUGAGCAUGCCUCCUAAAGAGUCGCAGAGCGCAGCCGGUGGCGGUAUACGAAUUCACGCUGAUCGUACUGAAGAUGGAUGA